AAAAUCUACCCGAAAAUGGAGUAUCUUUUGAUUGACCAAUCGGGACGAAAGGAGCAAAGGCUUCUUUAUCUUGAUUGGUCGAUAGGUUUGUCGCGUUAUUUGCACUUUCUAAUACACUUGGAUAAUGUAGAAAACGUCAAACGGAACGAUAUAUGCACGCCCCUCGCUGUGUUCUUUUUUUCUAUGGCAAAUGUAUAUAAGCGAAAAAACACGCAAUUGAGCAGAAUGAUGGAUAUGGAUAUGGAUGCUCCGAAGAAAUUGUUCGUCGCACGGGAAAAGAAUUUUGUCAAACGCAAUAUUUUUCGCGUAAAACGUUCCUAUCCUGCAGAACCCAAACAACGAUUCGUCGAUACUCGUUAUGGCAACACGCAUGAUUUAAAAAGCAGCGGAUUGCUUCCAAUUUAUGUGCACAAGAAAAAUUAUGGAAAAAUACCGAAAUUCAUUGCGGUUGAUACGAAAGCCGACGUGAGCGUAGAAACUGAAACUAUCAAACAGCAUGAUUUCGAUGAAGAUAAGAUGUCAAAAAUAUCUUCAUGUCGAUACAUUGACAAAGAGGAACGGAGAAUAUUAUUAGACGGUAUGAAGAAAAAAUGGGAGGAAACGAUGAGACAAUUCCAAAAAUUGCCGUUUCUCUCCGACACUCUACCGAAAGCGCAAAAAAAAGCGAAGAUGGAGCGUGAAUUGCAACAACUCGAAAAAGACAUAGCAACCAUCGAGCAACAUCCACAUAUAUACGUUUAUGACAACAACGCAUAAAAAUGUAAACGUGUAUUUUAUGUAAUAUUAUACGCAUAUAUCUCUCUAUCCUCGUAUCAAAAUUUACGCUACCAAUAGGAUAUUCUCAGGCACAAUUUCUUAUGUGGAUUAUAACCAUGAUGUAAUAUUAUAUUUUACAUCAUGCAUUAUACUUAAUAUAAAAAGUAUAGAAAAUUAACGCAUAAUAAAAGUAUAACGAUCAACUCUUUUUACGCUUUUAUUUAUGAACUUGAGAAAUAAAAUUGGACUGGCUCUGUAAAGUAUAUCGUAUAUGUAUUUACUUGUAUGUAUAUAUUGUUAGACAAGGAUGGAAAGAUAUAUUCAGGAUUAAUAUAAAAAAAAAAAACUUGAUUGUUGAAUGAUGCGCGCGUUGGUGUAAAUCUUAUUAUCGUUAGAAAAAAAAAAGAAAUAUAAUUUAACGAGAUAUUAAUAUAUUACACAAAUGUAAGAAACGGCACAUUUAUAUAAUAUGUACAGAUUUUUGUGCGAAUAGAAAUUAAUUUUUUGUCUA